AACGAUCAACAUGCAAGCGGUGCAUACUUCCCGCCAGGCCUUGAGGCCUUUUGGGAAGGCAGGUGCUAGGCAGCAUGCACGGCGACCCUUGAGCCUCCGCCUUCAGGCGUCGUCAGGUGUCGUGGAGUCGACUUUGGCGGCAGCACCAGCUGACGCUCCAAGCAAGCCGAAGAAGAUCUGCAGCGACAUUACUGAAGUCAUCGGUAACACGCCCAUGGUGUACCUUAACCGUGUCACCAAGGGUUGCGUUGCUCGUGUCGCGGCUAAGCUGGAAAUCAUGCAGCCCUGCUCCAGUGUUAAGGAUCGCAUCGGCCGCAACAUGAUUGACGACGCUGAAAAGCGCGGCGCCAUCAAGCCCGGUGUGACCACCCUUGUGGAGCCCACCAGCGGCAACACGGGUAUCGGACUGGCCUUCGUGGCAGCGGCUCGGGGCUACAAGCUCAUCCUCACUAUGCCGGCCAGCAUGUCUUUGGAGCGGCGAGUGCUGCUGCGGGCCUUCGGUGCGGAGCUGGUGCUAACAGAUCCGGCCAAGGGAAUGCGUGGUGCUGUGGAGAAGUGCAACGAGAUUGCAGCAAAGACGCCCAACUCGUACAUCCUGCAGCAGUUUGAAAACCCAGCUAACCCGGAAGUCCACCGCCUUACAACGGGUCCGGAAAUCUGGCGAGACACUGUGGGCCAGGUGGAUAUUCUGGUGGCGGGUGUGGGUACGGGCGGUACGGUGACCGGUACGGGCGAGUACCUCAAAUCGGUCAAGCAGGGGCUGCAGGUGGUGGCGGUGGAGCCGGCGGAGAGCCCCGUGCUGUCGGGGGGCAAGCCUGGGCCACACAGGAUCCAGGGCAUCGGCGCGGGGUUCGUGCCCGCCAUCCUCAACACGGCCGUGUACGACGAAGUGCUCAAGGUUCAGAGCGACGACGCGGUGGCGAUGGCUGCGCGGUUAGCGACUGACGAGGGGCUGUUUUGCGGCAUCAGUUCCGGAGCUGCGGUGGCGGCGGCCAUCAAGGUCGCGUCUCGGCCCGAGAAUGCCGGCAAGCUCGUCGUCGUGGUGCUUCCGUCGUUUGGCGAGAGGUACCUUUCUUCCGUGUUGUUCAACCAGCUGCGACUGGAGUGCGAGGCGUUAAAGCAGGACGAGCGGGCCAAGAUCUCAGAUAUCGCAGGGCGCGAAUUUUUCGUGCCGUGACUGCUUUCGCGCAUGUUGUAAUUUUUGUGAGCGGGCAAGCGCGUGCUGUUAAGGUUUGGAAAGUGGCUGAGAAGUGAGCGGGUGUGCAUUUCCGAUAGUGUGUUGACUCAUGUUCGUGUAAUGGGCAGCGCAGAGGGGGCUCGGCAUGUCGCUGUGCAAUGUUAGGAUAGCUUGUGCCUAUGACGCCGACAGGCGGCCUUAGAUGACGUGCUUUCCUGACCGUCUUUACGGCAGCCACGAAGUACAAAGUAUUUGUUACAGACAGCUCCGGAAUUAUCUUGGAGAUGCAACGUUGUGGAUCGGCAGCGCGCAGAGUGAAGCGACCCUUCGGGGUGCAGGAUGACAAACCUGUACGGAACACACGCCGGCGGGAAAGUAUAUAAUAUGGCCUGAACGAUGCUUUCCCAUAUCAUCCAAAAGCUAUCUGAGACGCGCACAAGCGUAUGCUACUAC